AAGCACCACAGUCGCCACCACCACCACCACCAAAAUGGCUGCUUCCACCGCCGCGCAACCACCAGGCCUAGCCUUGGACUUCCUCCCGUUCAUAGACAUGACAACGCUCUCCCAAUCAGAGCUCCGUGCCCUCUCCCUCUAUUCUUCUUCCUCCUUCGGCCCCCCGCCUCACCGACGACAUAGUAACAGUCGCCAUAGACCGCUUAACCUUCAAUGAGACCGCUGGCUCACGCCGCCAGACAUACUCCCGCCUUUCGUCCCACCAUCAUCAUCGCCACCGCCUGGCCGGUCUUCUUCCCAAAACCCCCAAUUCCUGCAGUCCCAGUCCUCCUCCCUCCAACCAUCAUUACACUGACACCGAUCACCUCGAAAACCACUCCAUCAUUAGUUUCCUCAAGCAAUUCCUUUCCACCCACCCCGAAUUCCAGCAAUUGGAUUUGGUAGACUUCGAUAGUUUUAGCCAUCUCAAUGAUGCCAUUAAUUUCAAUUCUCAUCCGUCAUCACUAGCAGCCGUAGUAGAAGCGCCUUUGGUUAAUCGGAACUUUAGAAUUGGGGAAAGGAAGAGGAAGAGAGGAAGGAAGCCGAAAGUGAAAGUAAUAAGUGCGGAGGAGAGAGAAAGUGCGGGGAUUGCGAACAAGAAUGGGGUUGUGGUGCAUCUGGUGGGGUUGGCGAGUCUGGGGGAUCCAUUCAGGGAGGAAUUGAGGAGGAGAACUGAAUGGAUGGAUAACGAGGAGGAGUUGUUGGGAUUUUUCAGGGACCUGGGAGGGCAGUGGUGUUGCAGGAGCAGGAAGAGGAAGAGGAAGAUUGUAGAUGCUAGUGAGUUUGGCGACAACUUGCCCGUUGUUUGGAAGCUCCUGCUCGGGCUUAAAAGGAAAGAAGGCCGUGCUUGGGUUUAUUGCAGUAGAUAUAUAAGUGGCACUGCCCAAUUCUUAUGCAUGCCAGCCUAGCGGACAACAAUUUGUAUCUUGUAAAGAAGUGCUGCAUAUUUGCAAUCAUUUUUUGGACCAUAUGGUGCUCGACAGGUGAUGGAUCAUGCAGGGGACAAUACUCAGCAUGUCCACAGAGUAGCUUCUGAAAGUUAUGCAGGUGCAACCAGGAAGGAUGAUGUUCAGGGGCAAUCUAGUGAACAUGAGAAGGCUGUUGCCUUGCUGAGAAUUGACAAUUUGGAGUUGGCAGGGGUUCCAAUGCAUGACUUUUUUGAAUGCCACAAAUGUAACAUGACAUUUGAUGAAAAGAACACAUAUUUGCAGCAUCUUUUGUCAUUCACCCGAGGGACACAAGGAGUGAUAGACUUGGUUCUUCAGUUGGUGAUGGUGUAAUAGUUAAAGAUGGAAAAUAUGAAUGUCAGUUCUGCCAUAAGGUAUUUCAGGAAAGGCGGCGGUAUAAUGGUCAUGUAGGAAUCCAUGUGAGGAAUUAUGUGAGAGGUAUUGAAGAAUCACCUGGUAGCAGGAUGGCUUUGCUAAAGAGAAUUGACUCUUCAAAAAAAGAUGAAAUGCAUAUAAGAAUCUCCAAAAUGGGUGCUUCAAUUGAAAUAGCUCAGAAUUCCAUUCAAGAAACAUCGUCUUCUGGCCCUAAUGGUGAACCCAAUAGUGGGUUUUCUUCUAGUAAACAGAAUCUGGCUCCUAAUCAAGAACUUUUAGCUUCUGUUUCUGAUUGUGAACUGAAAUCUGAUUCUUCUCUCAGUGAAUCCGACAUAGAAUGUGGCAUGAUUGACGAAUCUCAGGAAUUGGAGUUAUAUCAGCAACAAAGUGAUCAUAUGAUUGAUAAAGGGAUAGGAAUGAUUGAUGAUGCUAACAAUGUCCUAGAUGUUGCGUUAGAUUCUUCAUUUGCUAUUGAGCAACAUGGUAAUACAUCUAAAGCUCUUGGUGGAACAUAUUGUCUGGCAGUAUUCACUGAUGAAGUGGACAAUUCUGUCAUUGAGCAGGAACGAGGUUCUGAAUGUUGUUCCCCUGCACCAAUGAGUGAUCAGAAACUUUGUAGCAUUGAGAAUGAUGUCAAUUUGGUUGGCACAGACAAACAAGAGAACUGUGAGACUGACAAAGUGGAUAAAACGAGUAGUGUAGAGGUUGAAAUUGGCAUUGUAAGCAAUGAUAGGGAUGCAGAUAAUGAUAUUGUACCAGAAACUGUGCAGCAAUCUUUCAAGGAAGGUGGUGGACUUUAGCAUGGGGUUCCACAGCCACCUGUAUCCAUAUUGCAACAAUCCUGGGGUUUUUCAGCACCCAGUGUGAGGUUAGAUCAGGCUACGUUGGAAAAUAUUUAAAAUUCUGGGAAGAUGGACGGUACAUGUGGAACUGAGAAGUGCUGUUUAAUUACCUCCCCCUUGUCUCCUCUUCCUGCUGUGGUUUAAUUUGCAUAUUCUAGGGAAUUUUCCCCUAUAUAACUUCAUUGCAGAUGGUAGACUGAGCCAUCACGUCAUUCUCUUUGCUGACAAUGAAAGAAUUGCUGGUUUAAAGACCAUAGUGAUUCCUAUAACAGAUGUGAAAGAAUUCUGGUUUAAAGACUAGAAAAGAAAUCUGUGUCUGACAUUCUCAUUCCACUUAUUUAGGAAUAUGAAUUUGCAUAUUGACGAGGGAUACCUGCUGAAAUUUUGCGGCCAAGAUUAUCGCUGUUAUCUUUAUGUGCGAACAUGCAAGUAUUUGUUGCUGGUAAUUACCAUGUAUCUGUAAAUAUUGACAAUGAGGACCAGUUGGAUGUACAUACUACACAAUGAUGUAUAUCAUAAUAUGAUUUUUUGUGUU